AUGGAGAGGAAAAGAAAGAGAACAGAGGAAGCGUUGAACAAGUACUGUCCAAGAUGCAACUCCAAGCACACAAAAUUCUGUUACUACAAUAACUACAGCCUCACACAGCCUCGGUACUUGUGCAAGACUUGCCGUCGCUAUUGGACACACGGUGGCUCCCUCCGCACCAUCCCCGUCGGUGGUGCCUCCCGCAAGAACAAGUCCACCAAAUCUUGUCCAAACAACGACAAACCUGAAGCUAGAGGUGAUCAAGACUUGGCUUCUUCUCAAGGGAUCAUCUCAUCAAAUUAUGAGCUCACAAGACCAGCUUUGGGUUUCUCUCUUGAGGGCCGUGAUCCUCCCGACCAAGAAGAGGUUUCCAAUGCUGCUGCUGCUACAACUACAACUACGAGUCGUGAGAGGCAUCUGUUGUCGUUUGAAAGCCUGAACCCACCAUUCUCAUCGCCAAGCUCAAACGGUGGGAUUAAGUACAAUCAUAGCAAACGAAAUACUGAUGACAAAGAAGAACAAGUGGCAGACCGAUCAGCUGGGUUUUGGAGUGAUAUGUUUGGUGGUGAGUCAUGGCAAUUACAUAAUUAA